AUGGCCUCAGAAAAGCAGACACCAACCGUUACCACCCAAGAUGCGUCCAAUGUGGCUCUGCAAGAGGAAAAUCCACACCUGAAAACAAUCACUGCCAAUAAAGCCGAUGAGACAUUGAAAAUUGUCGAAGAGUAUGGUGGUGAGAUAGGAGCACCGACACCACAGGAGUCAAAGAAACUGCGAAGGAAACUAUAUUUCCGUCUUGUUCUGCUGUUGAUCGUCAUUGACUUGAUGCUUUUUAUCGACAAAGCAACCUUAGGUCAGGCUGUGCUCCUUGGUAUCAUGGAUGAUACCAACCUCACUAAUGCUACAUACAAUAACUUGAACACAAUCUUCUACACAGGGUAUAUUGUCGGACAGAUACCGGGACAAUUUUUGAUUCAGCGCUUCCCCUUAGGCAAAUACGUCAGCAUCUCAAUAUUCCUAUGGGCAGUGAUUGUAUUUUGUCACGCUGCUGCAACGAGCUACGCAGGCCUUAUCCCCCUUCGCUUUUUGCUGGGAUUUGUUGAGUCCGCCUUGGUGCCUGCAAUGGAAACCACCAUGGGGAUGUUCUUCACUCCACACGAGCUGCACCAUGUUCAGCCUAUAUUCUGGAUAUCGUGUGUCGGAUCCAGUGUCCCAGCAGGACUGCUUGCCUAUGCCCUGCUUUUCAGCAAGUCCAGUGUGAGCCCAUGGAAAUUCUUUAUGGUCGCUACAGGUGGCUUGACUUUACUUCUCUCGGUCCUAUCCUGGUUCUGCUAUCCCGACAAUCCGGGAAAAGCUAAAUUCUUGACAAACAAAGAGAAAGUCCAAGUCAUCCAGCGAGUUCACGAGGCAACCAGAAGUUCCAUUGAGCAGAAAACGUUCAAGAAACAUCAUUUCUACGAAGCAUUGGCCGACCCUAUCACCUGGCUCUUCACUCUAGCCGCCUUUUGCCUCAACCUUGCCAAUAACCUUGCUUUCCAGAUGAGCAUACUGUUGCUUAGUCUGGGAAUUGGAAACCUCGGAUCCACCCUCAUCACGGUUGCGUCCGGUGGCUUCGCGGUUAGUGUUGCGGUCGUAGCCUCUCUUCUUCUCCGUUUCUUCCCGGGCUACAGUGCCUGGUGGGCAACCCUAUGGGUGCUUCCUGCUAUUGCUGGAAGUAUUGGUAUGGUUGCACUAGCCUGGGACAAGACCCUUCCUUUGCUUACUUGUCUUCUGCUUGGGGUCACAACGUGGGGUAUGACGUAUAUCAUCGCUUUUGUUUGGGCGUCAUCGAGUUCCGCAGGUUAUACAAAGAAGCUGACACGCAAUGCGCUGUUUAUGAUGGGCUACGGUAUAUCGAACAUCAUUUCUCCGCAACUAUGGAAGUCUGAAGGCCCACGAUACUACGGCACUUGGAUUGCUCAGACCAUCGUUAGCUUUGUGUUGACACCGCUCCUCCUUCUUACUAUUAGGUUUAUCUUACUGAGAAGGAACAAGGAGCGACGAGCGUGGAUUGAGGAACAGGCCGCAUUAGGAAACUAUGGAGAAGGCUAUGUUGAGGAAAUCGAUGCGGAUGGAAAUAUGGUCAAAACGAAGGUUGACGUCUCUGUCCUUGACCUCAGUGAUCUUGAGAACAAGUUCUUCAUCUAUCCACUCUAG